AUGGUGGGAUCAUCAUCUUUACCACCUGGUUUCAGAUUUCACCCAACAGAUGAAGAACUUGUGGGUUAUUACCUGCACAGAAGAAACGAAGGGCUUGAGAUCGAGCUCGAGAUAAUUCCAUUAAUGGAUUUAUACAAAUUUGAUCCUUGGGAACUUCCAGAGAAAUCCUUCUUGCCUAAUCGAGAUAUGGAAUGGUUUUUCUUCUGUCGCCGAGACAGAAAAUACCAAAACGGAUCUCGAAUAAACAGAGCAACUAAGUCUGGUUAUUGGAAAGCCACGGGGAAAGAUCGAAAAAUAGUUUGUCAGUCUUCUUCUUCUUCCUCGUCUUCUUCAAUCAUUGGGUGUCGAAAAACUCUAGUUUUUUACAUGGGUCGAGCUCCUUUUGGUGGUAGAACCGAGUGGGUAAUGCAUGAGUAUCGUCUCUGUGACAAUGAUACAUCACAAGGAUCACUAAAUUUCAAGGGAGAUUUCGCGCUGUGUCGUGUGAUAAAGAGAGAUGAGCUUACGCUUAAGAAAUGUGAAACCAUCUCACAAGAGGUUUCAGAUGAGCCAUUGAGAAACAAUGUUGAGAUUUCUUGUCAAGCAAAUGAUGACGUAGGAAAGGGUUCUUGUGAUGCAAGUAACACACUCUGGACUUCUCCUGAUCUCAUCUUUGAAUCAUCGUUUAAGGGAAAUUUACAAUCACAAACAGAAGAAGAUUCCGGUUUCCAAGUAUUUGCACUACCCGAAUUCGAAUAUCCACCAGAGUCUUUCGCAGAUUUGAAUUUUGUCUGGGAAAUGGAGAAUCCAGUCAUGUUCGAUAAUUAUGAAGAAUCUCAUAUGAACAAUGAAGUCAUGAACUAA